UUCGCAAAUGCAAAUGGGAUCCCGAAAAAGACCAAAUGAGACAUCUAACAACCAAGAGCAAAGACUCUAUUCUUCUAAGAGACCUCGACAAGAUCAGAACACUCUCCCAACUAAAACAAUCAAGAUCACCGUGGGGGGAAACAGCAAGAAAUAUCUCCGCAUUCUCACCCAUAGGGAGACACGUAGCUUAUAUGAGGCCCUGAACUCCCAAGACCUUGUCAAAAGAGAGAUAGAAAAACAGCCAGAUAAAGAAAUGCUGGUGUGUGGCAAAGAGGGAACAGAAGGGUACAUAAACCUCGGUAUGCCCCUCUGUUGUUUUCCACACGGCAGCCAUGUGGUCAUUACAUUUUUCAAAACUGAAAGUGAGGAGAAAGAAAAUAAUGGAGUGUGUGGCCACUUUGACCAGUCAUCUGCUGAGUGCGUUGUAUUUUACAUUCAUGCAGUCGGGAAUAGGGAGCAAAGGAUUCUUAGGUGCAGGGACCUUCACAAGGAAGGUACCAAACUCUGUGUCUAUGGUUUCAAGGGAGAGACCAUCAAGACCACUCUGAGAAAGGAUGGCAGGUUUCGCUCUUUUGUAGAGAGUGACCAUUGGAAACUCGUUAAUAAUGACACCGUUGUAGCAAACAGCCAGCCAGUAGAUGUGUUAGAGGGUAAGCUCUUUCAGAUUGAUGUAGAGAGAAAGGAGAGCUCUUGGGCAGCAGAAUUGGAGAAAGUGAGAGCAUAUAUCAAGGAAGAGAGUGAGAAUAGUAAAGAAGAGUCGCUUUUCAAAGCCCAUAAGAAGAAGCUCAGUGAAGUGGCAAAAAGCUCUACUCCAGAUCAAAUGGUCAAACUUCUUUCACGCUUCAUGGAUUCCACUGGGCUCAUACUUUGGGACUAUAAUGGAAACAGGGGUAAAGCCACUUGCUUUGUUUUCAGAGGGUUGUACAUUUUCACUUGUCGACAUGUAUUAAAUGAUAUUGUGGGAAAAGGAAGAAAGCCAAGUAAGUGUCUAGACCUAAUUAGCCAAUGUGUAAGGGUGACAUUUGAUGAGGAAUGCUUUGAAGAGCCAACCUCAAACUUCAACAGUUGCUUUCACAUCGAACCUUGGCUUCUCAUAUCUGAUGACACUCUUGACUAUGCCGUCUUGAAACUGAAGGAAAAUGGUCAACACGUGCCUGCCGGACUGUAUAAUAAUGGAAUAGCUCUUGUACUUCCCAGUGAGUUGAUAUAUAUGGUUGGCCAUGAAAAUGGAAACAAGGUUUUUGAUCGUUGUGCAGUGGUCACUCAAGGUAAACGAAAAGAGAAGAGUCAGCAAUUUGUUCAUGGAACAGAAGCAGCAGGUCAUAGCCAUUAUUCUAAGUUACUCCCUAUGUGUACAAAAAGAAGUUUCCAAGAAAUGAAUGUCAACCCUAAUGAUUUUACCUAUAAUAUUUUUUAUAAUGGCUCUUCUGGAUCUCCACUAUUUGAUUGUAAAGGUUCUCUAGUAGCCAUGCAUACUGUUGGCCUCAUUUGUGAGUAUGAAAGCAGAGUUUAUAAUGUUAUUGAGGUUGGCAUAAAGAUGGAAUCCAUCCUUGCCGAUAUUAAGCAAAAACAUAAACUAUGGUAUGAGGAUGUUUGUGUAAAGCAGCAGGAGGUAGUAAUGCGCAGUGAAGAGUUUACAGAUCAGGAGGAUGUAGACAUGCACAGUGAAGAGUUUAUAGAUCAGGAGGAUGUAGACAUGCACAGUGAAGAGUUUUGA